AAUAUAUCUGUAUCUGUAUCUAUAUCUAUAUCUAUAGAUCUGUAUAUCGAAGAAAGAUCUAGCUAGCCAUGGAGACCAACAAGAUGAUCAUGGUGCUUACUGAACUAGUACCAUGCAUGUUAAUGGUGUUAAUGGAGGUUUCCACCAUCGGCUUGACCAUCUUGGCUAGCACCAUCUUGUCAAAAGGGCUUAGCCCAUUCGUCUUCGUCGUCUAUACCAAUGCCCUAUCUUCCAUCUUCCUCCUACCUUUCAACUCCUUCAUCAUCCGCAGAAACAAGAGAGACGAUCUUAUCACGCAGUUUCUUCUCCUUGGUUUCGUAGGGGUGACAAUGGCACAAAAUCUAGCGUAUGUUGGAUUGAGUUAUAGUUCUCCGAUCGUUGCUUGUGGCAUGGGCAAUAUAAUACCCUCUAUUUCAUUUAUUCUUGCUGCUAUUUGUAGAAGGACAGAAGUGGAUUUGAGAAGUUCAAGUACGCGAACAAAAUUAAUGGGUACAUUGAUAUCGAUCAUUGGAGCUGUGUCGCUCGUUUUAUAUAGGGGUCCAGUGAUCAAAGACUCUUCGACUCAUCUACGGUUGGCUCCUCGACUGUUUGUUUUCUUAGCUACAAAGGAACAUUGGGUUGUUGGUUGCGUUCUUUUCGCAUGUGCUUCGUUGGCUUUCUCGAUAUGGAACAUCAUUCAGGUCGGAACUAUUGAAAAAUGUCCAGAAGUAAUGACAGUGGCGUCUAGUUACACCUUAUUUGGAACAGUUCAAUCGACUUUGGUGGCUAUAAUCGUAGAAAAUGACCCUCUUGCUUGGAGGCUGCAAUUUGACAUGGGACUCCUUGUCAUUGUCUUGACGGCAAUAUUUGGAAGUCUUAUCCGAACGCAUGUGCACAUGUGGUGCAUACGAAGAAAAGGCCAGUUUUACGUGACCAUGUUCAAGCCUCUCGGGGUUCCGAUUGCUAGUACGUUUGGCUGCAUUUUCUUUGCCGAAACUUUUCACUACGGAAGUAUGAUGAGUGCGGCGGUGACAGGAAUCGGAUAUUAUACAAUGAUGUGGGGUCAAAUGAGAGAAGAUGAAAGUAGAAGGGGCAAAGUGGAUUUAUUGGAAGAGAAAGCCCCUCUUUUGCAAGAAGAGGACCAAGUUUGAUAUUAUAGAGUGUAAUAAUGGGGAGGGUGUGUUUUAGAGACCCUAUGAGAGAAUGUGUGCACAGUAAAUACUCCAUGUACAUUACUAUCAUUUUCCUAAUACAUUUUUUGAUUUUGAUUUCUGAGUUUCAAUUCAGUUUUGAUUUGGUUUCUACUGGUAUUUGUUGUAAUCGGUAUGCAAACAUUGAGGAUAAUUGUUGUUGUUCUCGUUUCUGGUGC